AUGCAGUCACGUGUGCGCUUGCUAUACCUGGAGUUCAUGUAUCUCCUCCCUCAGCUCAAGGGCUUCUACAGCCCACAGGGCGCUGCUGCGGCUCCAAAGAGGCCCACAUCUGGGAUGGCGCCUUCGAAGCCCUUCUACCUCCGUGUACCAGCUGAACACCCCGUGUGCGAGUCGCUGCGCAGCGCGCACGUCACGGAGCUGAGCAGUCAUCGCCAGGGCAAACGGCCCGCUGGCGCAUCGCCAACGCACACCACUACCACCGACGCCGAGGCCCCGCCGCCUCUGGUUGACGUGAGCACGGCUGUCAACUCUGAAUCGUGCGUCAUCUUUAAGCUGCAGAGAGACAGCGAGCGGGCCCUCGUGGCACCCUUCAUGCCCGCCCACUGGGACAACAACACUGCAAGGAAGCCAUCCCCAUCACCGGCAGGCCAACACGCGCCUGCGGCGGAGCGCGCCGCUGAGGCCGAAUACCGUGCUCGUGUGCAGCGUCUGUUCUAUGCAAACGCCCUCGUGCCUCUGGGCAGCCCGGAGUGGAAGCGCUGUCUCGCUCGUGGCCGCUAUGAGGUGCGCAGCGUCCACAACGUAUUGCACGUGCGCAAGUACCGCGCGCUGCACAAGCGGUACAGCUGGGCGUCGCAGCUCUCGCGCACGGAGUUGGAGGCGGCAUGGGGCGGCAGCAUGGAAGACGUGGAACAGGCACUUCUGGGAUUGUCUAAUAGGGACGUGUACGGCUACUCCGACAGCGACACCGAAGGACCAGAGGAGGCGAAGGGAAACGGGAAGCAAGAAGAACAUGCGGGCCGGCCGUAG